AUGGCGCAUGCUCUCGCAUCUGCAUCUGGAUUGGAUGCCUCUAAUUCCCAUGUCAAUAUUUACGAUACGCAGAAAUCACUCGCGGAGAUGUCGUUGGGUGCGCUAGAGCCGUCGUUCAAAUCUGAAGACGAGCGCGAGAUUCAGCAAAAGACGCAGCCCAAGCAGGACCACGAGAUGUUGAUUGAAAGGGAGAAUCAGCACGACGUGGAGGUUGAGGAGGGGCACGAGCAGCAGCAGCUCUCAGACGACGAACUCAAAUUCCCUCACGUUGAAGACGGCGGUGAAGACGAUCUCACCAGCGUACAGGUACCCCUGGCGGACUCGUCUAAUUCGCAGCUGUUCGACAAAUCAACCGCUUCGCUCAAGUCUAAAUCUAGGACCGGGUCUUCGCGCAGAGAGAGCGGAGGCAAGCCAAUGACUCUGAAGGAGCAGGAGGAGACAAUCGACCAAGCCAAGCGCGAAAAUUGGUCUUUGAAACUCAAAAUAGUCCUCUUGGAAAAUAGGCUGAACGAGGUGGCCCCGGAACAGGUGAACGAUGCGCUCAAAGAGAACAUUCAGCUCAAAAUAGACUCUCAAAACAUGAGAAUGGACUUAAAACGCAACAGAACACUCGCACUCAAGUUAGAGAAAGCGAUCGAGGCACUCAAGGAUGAGAACAAGAAACAGAAAAUUGUGAUCGAUUCAAAUCAACGAUCGAAACCUAGUCCAUCAGCUAGCAAGAACCUCGAAGAUAUGGUAAAGAAUGCACAAGAAAACGAGCAGGAGGUUAGAACACUUCUUGAAAUGUCUAAUGAGAGAGAAAGAGAGCUAAAGGAGCAUAUUCAUACACUCGAAUCCCAGCUAGACAGAAACAUCGGAGAGGGUGCUGAGAGCCACCACGGCUGGAGCGAUGGAGAAGACGCUCGCGCUGAGAUCAGUAGGCUCCGUGACGAGGUUUUAGUGGAGCGUGACACUAAGGAAGACAUCAUAGCCAGUCGGGUUGAGUUGGAGAAUCAGCUAAUGGAAACGACAGAAGAGAUAGAAAGACUGAGGAUGGAAGCAGAAGCUAAUGAAGACAACUCAGUCGAUCUAGACUCAGCUGUGUCAGUCAGACGUAAUCGUCAAAAGCGAAAGCCUGAAGAUCUUGAAAAGGAAAAGAACUCCCUCGAAACUCAAGUACAGGCUCAAUUACAGUUGAUCGAGAGUCGUGACAAUGAAAUCGAAGAACUCUAUGCACAUGUUGAGAGACUAGAAAGUCAUAUUGAGAACAACACCAGUCUUCGCAACUCGAUGAAAAUGUCAAGCAACAGUGAUCCACGGGUACAUUAUGAAUUGGAGAAGCUAGAUAUUGAAUGCAAUGAGCUGAGGGAUCGUCUGUCUGAAGCGCACGUAGAAUUGGACAGGAGAGAGACUGAAAUUGAAGGCUACUUACGUGAUCAAGAGGACAAAUUUCAUGACUACAUCAACGAAUACGAUCGUGAACGCAAGUAUGAGAAGGAAGAGCUGCAUUCAUCCAGGCUCAGAUUGGAAGAAUACGAAGCAAAGAUAGCUACUUUUGAGGAUUCGCAGGAGCAUAUUCAGCAAGAAAUUGACCAGUAUCUUGAGAAAAUGCAAGGAGAUCUUCAUGAGCGCAAUGAAGAGUUGCUUGCAGCUAAUGAUGAAGUUAGCAGAAUAAGCGAGCAAAACAUACAGCUGGAAAAUGAGCUGGAUAUUGUUUGCGCGAGAUUCGAAGCACUUGAAAGCGAUCUUCUUGAGAUGCAACAACGACUAGAUCAAGAGCAAGAUAUCCAAGAUAGAGUGACAUUCUCACUCAAAGAAAAGAUUGAAAUAACGCAUGAGCAGAAACGAGAGCUUGAAAAAGCAAUCGAGAAGCAGAUGGCGGAUAUGCGCCAAACGCGUGAAGUAAGCGAUGAUCUAGCUUUAAGAUUAGCAGAACGCGAGGAGCAAUCGCGACAAGAAUUAGAGCAACUUCGUCAGCUUGAGUAUGAAUUUGAAUCACUAGCUACAUCAAUGAAGGAGGAGAAGGACGGUAGAGAGCGUGAUAGAAUAUUCUAUGGUCGCGAGAAACGUGAUCUCGAGAUGGAGCAUAAGAGAGCCAUUGAGCACAAGACUACGACUUUAGAAGAUUACCAGACACAGGUGCAGCAAUUAAGAUCUCAAUUGAGUGCACGUGAAGAAGAUUACCAGAAGUUGCAAAGCAGGAUGAAGAAAAUGAUGAGUGAGCAUCAAGAGCUUGGUGAUAGUCACACGAAUGAUCGCGCAACACUGGAAAUGGAAAUAGAGAGACUGGAGAGAGAUGGAGCGAGAUAUGUUGCAGACAUUGAGCAGCUGAGAUCAGAGUUGGAACGCAAGGACAAGAUGUUGGAGGAGCGCGAGAGAGGGUUGCACAGCACAAACAGCGAGAGCCGGGAAUUGAGCUAUCAAUUGAAAGCAGAACUGCAGACGAACGCAUACAAUAUCGAAAAGUUGCAUACAUCUCAACAACAGUAUCAAGAUGCAUUGGAGGAGGUGACUAGGUUAAAGGAUAGACUUAGAGAGGUAGAUUCACGCCUGAUGCGUGAAGAAAAGGGAGUAAAUGUGUCAGAAUCUCAAUAUAAGCAGCAAGUGACGGAGCGUAACACAUUGCUUCUGACGAUUUACCAAUACAUGGAGAAACUAGUCGGACCAAGUGAUAGAAAACAUAGUGAUGCUAGACCGUACAACAAUUUCAAUGCUUUCCAUGAGAAUGUCAUUUCCAAGAUGAGAAAGGUCAGCUCGCUGCAACUCAAGUUCGACAGUCGAGCAAAAGAGAUAGAGAGCAAGUGGAUGGACAAAUUUGCAGCACUGCGCAAGCAAAUUGAUGGCAGAUGGAAGCAACUCGAUGGAUUGGAGGGUAGUGUGAAGAGUGCUGCUGAGAUGCACAAGCAAUGGAGAUUGAAAGCAAAUGAGAAAUCGAGAGAACUUGAUGAGAUUAAGAACUCGUACAAUGAAACAAUGAUACAGCUGGCUAACGCGAAAUCUAAACUGAACGUCUCUAAUGGAGAUACAGGUGAAGUACGAGCACUGACAGCGAGAGCUACAACUGCAGAACGCAGAUUGAACAUAACACAGAAUCAAAUGUCUCAGGUGGAGGAGAAGCUGAUAGAGGCGCGCAACAAGAUGGUAGAAAGCGACAACAAGUGGUCAGCUAGAGCCAAAGAGUUUGAAAAUAAGAUGAAGGCAGCGGAGGACAAGGUGAAGAGAGAGAGAGUUGGUGCUAAGGAUAGAGUGAACGACUUGGAGAAGAACAUUGAGGAGCUUAAUAAGCAGAUUGAGGGUGCAUCAAAGAGGAAUACAACAAUACAGAGUUUAGUUGGAAAGUGA